UAAACACUGUAAACCCAAAUGUGGAGAACAUGAACUGUAGCUUCUCAAUAUUUUCCUUUUCUUAAAGUAUUCAAAAUUCCUAGGAGUAUUUUUUCAGAUUUUCAGAGUUUUGAACGCAUUAGCGUAUCGACAAUUGAGCUCUCGAAGAUGCUUUUUUGCUGCCCAUGUGUUGUUGGAUUCUCUUUGCACCUACCACUUGCCUUCUUAGGGAAUCUCAAGUUGCACAGUAACGCAAAUCUUUCUCCAACGGAAUCCCGCAGAAAUAGAGAACCCAUUAAGAAGCGAACCGUAGGAUACAAUAUAUAGAGAGAGAUUUCAUUAACAGCUCCUCCUCUUCCUUCCAAGGGUAGCAGUCCUCACCCUUUUCCCUCUAGAAUCCUCCGUCCUUCUAUUCUUCCUUUAUAAUCGAAUAUCUCAGAUACCCACACUCGGUUUCUCCUUCUAAGCAGAAGAAUCUGUAUUUUCUUCUAUAAGAUGAAGUUUUGGAGAAACCCAUCUGUUCUUAGGCCAACCAUUUCGCUCACCGCCGUCCAAAAUAAUUGAAUCCUUGAGAAAAAUGGUUCUCGAGACAUAAAAAGCUUCAGAGGAGGUUCGUUUAUUGGUUUGGGAGCGAUGUCUGGACUAAGAUUGCAAGCCGUAGAAGAUAAAAGAGAUGGGUUCCUCUCCAGUUCUGGGAUGGGCUUCCAAUGGGGUCUCCAAGAGGGAUCUUUUCACCCAGGAGGCCUAUUUGCCAGCGUAGGUCAGAUGGGAAUGGGUUUUGGUGUUUCGCCGAAUUCUCCGAAUUCGAGAGACAAUGGUUUGAAGCUUCCAUACACAGACUUGUAUCUGAAGUAUGUGUCGUCACCGGAAUUUGGUUUCAGGAUUGUGGGGAUUCCGCCGGAAUCGGUGGUGGGUGAGGCUGAGGAGGCAUUUGAAGGGUUGAAGAAGAAGAAGAAGAAUAAGGGAGGUCUUAAGCUAAAGUUGAAAAUAAAGAAUCCUUCCCUGAGGAGGUUGAUUAGUGGAGCGAUUGCUGGUGCUGUAUCGAGGACUGCGGUUGCUCCUUUGGAGACGAUAAGGACUCAUCUAAUGGUGGGGAGCAGUGGGCAUUCAACCACUGAAGUCUUCAAUUCCAUCAUGAACACUGAUGGAUGGAAGGGCCUGUUUAGGGGUAAUUUGGUGAAUGUGAUUCGGGUUGCUCCAAGCAAGGCCAUUGAGUUAUUUGCUUAUGAUACAGUUAGGAAAAACUUGACGCCCAAACCUGGAGAGCAGCCUAUACUCCCUAUCCCAGCCUCAUUGGUUGCAGGAGCUGUUGCAGGAGUUAGCUCAACCUUGUGUACCUAUCCUCUUGAGCUAAUUAAGACUCGUCUAACCAUACAGAGAGGUGUGUAUAAGAACCUGUUAGAUGCUUUCCUGAAAAUCUUGCGAGAGGAGGGACCUGCAGAGCUAUACAGGGGUCUCACUCCAAGUCUUAUUGGAGUGGUCCCUUACGCUGCUAGCAAUUACUUCGCUUAUGAUACACUACGAAAAACUUACCGGAAGGUCUUCAAGCAGGAGGAAAUUGGUAACAUUGAGACCCUUCUAAUUGGAUCAGCAGCUGGUGCAAUUGCAAGCAGUGCAACUUUCCCACUUGAGGUAGCUCGCAAGCAAAUGCAGGUGGGGGCUCUAAGCGGCAGGCAGAUCUACAAGAACGUAUUUCAUGCUCUGUCAAGCAUACUCAAACAGGAAGGGAUUGGAGGUCUAUAUAAAGGUUUGGGCCCAAGCUGCAUGAAGUUGGUCCCUGCUGCUGGGAUUUCAUUCAUGUGCUAUGAGGCAUGCAAGAGGAUAUUGGUUGAGAAGGAGGAGGAGGAGGAGGAGGAGGAAACAUAAGACCUCAGAGAGUCCCUUCCAUUUUAAGGAAAUAAAUAAAUAGGUGAGUUACUUAUGUCAAAUCUGUAGCGGGAAGGAAAGUACAACCAUAUUUAUUUUGGUUUCAUAUAUCAGUUCUUUUGUCUUUGUCUUAUUUAUUUUAAAUUAAGACUUAGGAGCUGAAGUCUGCUGGAAGGAUUUAUCAGCUGGCCUAAGCUUUUCAUACAAAGAUUGUUUUUGUGGUGAACCUGAAAAAAGAUGAGACCCAUCUAUAUAACAUGUUUGAAGAAACAUUUCAAUGGAAGAUUUUCACCUUGUUCC